CGUACCAGUUUCACCACUAGCUGAAGUACCUGAGAGUAGCUUUGCUCGCCUAGGAGCAUUUCAAACAGGACUCUUUGAGUUCAGGCACAAUCAAUAACUUGAUAGCUACCAACAGACUUGCAGGUCUGGACUGGAAGUUUGCUGAGCAUUUGCUUGCUGGCGUCAAGCAUGUCAUCCCAGUCUCGCAGUGAAGACAACCACUUGAACAGCGAGUCAAUGACGUCUCAAUAUGCCAAUCCGUGGACUCACCCGAUAUUUAUUCGGGCAUACUCAUGGUGGAUAUGCAACCUUGAUCCGCAGGAGAUACGGUCCUUGGCCUACUCCAAAGGACUACUGACCUCUGCAACCUUACAGCAGCUACGUGCUAAGCAGAAGCAAAGCCCUAUGGAGCACAAUGAACAUUUGAUAAUCACGACACUCAAGCCGGGGGGAAUGGAUUCAUUCAAGAAGUUUCUGGAUAUCCUGCAAGAUCUUGGUCCGAAUUUCGAUCCAAGAAGAAAGCAAUUGGAAUCAAUUUUAUCUCCUCUAACUACGGAAGGCAUUUCUGAAGGCCAAGGAAAUGAAACUUUAUAUCCGGUAGAAGUCGGCAGCACGGAUGAAUGUGCAGCAGGUGCAACAGGAAGCAGCGGCAGAGACAAUGAUAUACGUUCUCCUACCUCGGAUUCUGCGUCGGCGGCGGCUAUGCCGUUCUACCAACGCGACACUCACACCCCGUAUGAUUCCCUGAGCUCCAACGCGUCUUCGGCCACGCAGGACACCGCGAUGUCGAGCCGCUUCGAUCCAUCACUGAUAGAGAGCAAUACGCGCGUUGCGAAGAACGCGGACAACACCGGAUUAGUAAUGGCUACGCCGACCAGCCCUGGCGGGCCGCGGCAAAUGCAAGGCGGAUAUCAGGCGCAGUUCACCGACCACUUCCCGGACAGCUACAAGUGUCCGAUAUGUCUGCUCGUGCUUCGAGAUCCUGUGCAGACAGGCUGCGGGCAUCGCUAUUGCCGCACCUGUAUCAUGCCGAUUAUGAACGGUUCCGACCCAAUAUGUCCUGUGGACAGGACUUCGCUUGGUGCUGUAUUUGCCGACAAGCAUUGCCAGCGUGAGAUUGGCAACUUCAAGGUGCAGUGCGACUGGAUAGAGAAGUGCGGCUGGUCUGGAACACUCAAGUACCUGGAAGAGCAUCUAUCGCAGUGCAAGUACGUGCCCGUCAAGUGCAUCAACGCGAAGCUGGGCUGCAAAGCGCGGCCACUGCGUCACCUGCUGGAGGCGCACGUGCAGGAGAACUGCGAGUUCAGACGUUCCAAGUGCCGACUGUGUGGCGAGAGCGUACCCAUUGCGGAUAUGGAGCGCCACUUUGCCACGAGCUGCCUGGAGAGCUUGAUCGGCUGUGAGAUGAUCGGUUGCACGGCCACGUUUCCGCGCAAGGACACCACGAAGCACUUGGCCAACACGUGUCAAGAAGUCGAAGUCUCUUGCCCGUAUGGCUGCCCGGACAGGGUGAAGAGAAGACAACUCCACGAACACACCAGCAGCCAGGAAGGCAUGCUUCAUCACCUGAAGGCAAUGUUUGGAAUGAUCACCACUUUGAGACAGGACCUGCAGGGCAGGGACGCUGCCCUGGUAGCCAAAGACCAGGAGAUCCGGGAGCUGCACACCGCGUUGAGCCAUGUCAAAGCCAAGUGUGACCGAAUGGAACGCGAUGUCAAGGACGGCUUUGGAAGGCAGAGCAAAGAGAUGGCCGAUUUCCGGCAGGACGUCAACUCACUGUUGGGAGAGGAGGCUAGUCAGGGCGACGUAGCCCAGAGACUUGGUGUUGUCGAGCAUCGUGUCGGCGCAAUGGAAGUGGCCAGUGUCACGGCUGCUCGGGAAGCUAAGGAGGUUGCGUCAUCAUCGGAGGCGUCAUGGAGGAAGUGCUUUGACAGCCUGGACUUGCGCGUGUUUGAACUUGAGACUUCGUCCUACUCGGGCGUUCUCAUGUGGAAGUUCACUAACUUCUGGAAGCACUUUGAGACCGCAAAGAACGGCAGCAAGACGUCACACUACAGUCAGCCAUUUUACUCCAGUCGUCAUGGUUAUAAGGCAUGCGCUCGCCUGUACCCCAACGGUGACGGUGCUGGCUUCGAUAAGUAUAUCUCAAUCUUCUUCGUGAUCAUGGCUGGUGAGUAUGAUGCGUUGCUGACAUGGCCGUUUAACCGCCGUAUCACACUGACACUGCUCGACCAGUCGCCGGCCAGACGUGACAUCAGCGAGACAUUCAUGCCUGACGUUCGCUCCACCAGCUUCCAGAAACCAACGUCUGGAAUGAAUGUUGCUUCAGGCUGCCCUUGCUUUGUGUCGCACAAGAUCAUCCAGGCAGCACCGCACCAGUACGCGAAGAACGACACGCUCUAUCUGCGCAUCAAGAUGGACACGACCGGUCUUGACAACCAUUAACUCGGGGAUCGUUGUGAAACGGUGAGGUAUGCUCAGCACCCGUCCCGCCCUCCCCCCCCCCCCUCCUGCCCGUCCUCUCCCCAGUCCUGCCCAGCCUGUCCCCCCGUCCAACAUGAGUACCGACUCCCAUCCUGUCCUGCUUCCGCUCUCUAUCUAUCACCACAUCCCAAUCAGCUUGUGUUCCCUGAUCUAUUUACUACAAUGACAUCACACUACACACAGCAACAUAGCCUAUCAUUCUUGCACCACUCAUAUAUCUAUCAACUCGCUCAUCCACUUCUCUUUUCAGCAAUACUCUAAAACCCGUAUGUUAUCUCCGUGUGUGGAGUAGUAACUUCACGACUUCACUCACCUCUAUAUUAUCCUAUACUCGUAUGACAGUUAUCUCUGUGUGGGGAGUAGUAACUUAACGACUCCACUCACCUCUCUAUUAUCCUAUACCCGUACGAUAGUUAUCUCUAUGUGUGGAGUAGUAACUUCACGACUCCACUCACCUCUCACCAGCCCCGGACGUCACACUACAAUCAGCCACGUCACUUGUCUUUUCGUAGUAUGGAUUUCAUAGUCACAUGCAACACCUCUGCUGAUGUAUUCUAUUCUCCCACGCGACGUUUGUUUCCGACAUUCGCCAUUGUCGUAUCCCUAGUUUCAUUCUCCACAACUCUAUACCGUUGUGACUCUACUCUACUCAACAAUGACAGUUUCGUGUCUCCUCGACUGCCCUAUGUCAACGUCAUACGCCUCUCUCUCUCUCUCUGUGUCAGCGUCUCGCUCAUACUGUAAUCGCAAUCUAUUCGCCUCCACUCUACGUCUACUGUGCUAUCGCCACGUUCUGAUUUCGUCACCCUCACCGACAACUAUUAUAUCAUAUCACUUCCUGAUUUCACCACCCCACUAACAGCCAUUACAUCAUGCCAUGUCCUGAUUUCGUCUACCUCAUCAACAGCUACUGCAACAUUACCGCGUUACCACACUCUGAUUACAUCGCUUACAUCUGCAACCAUUACAUCAUCACUUUUUUUACCAGGCGUGGGCCAUCCCCUGACUUCAUAGGUGCCAAACAUUUUAUUUGUUUCAAAAAAUAAAUCAAUAAAUCUUUGUGUCAUUAAAUCAUCACCCUGUCAUGGUUACAUCACUUAUAAUAUCUGCAACCAUAACAUCAUCGCCUUGUCAUAAUGACAUCACUCCAACCAACAACUACCACCAGAGCAUCACAACCUGACGGAACCACGCUCAUGUGAAUGUUCAACUGCAGCAAGGUUACACCUUACGGCCAUCUCCCUCGUAUUCCAAUGCAUUCAUAUUUAUGUAUGUUGCAGCCCUACGGGGCAUUAUCAUGUUAUGUUGUACUGUUGAUUUGGCCGUAUCCCCCAUCGACUCUGUGACCACACCAUCAGAAGAGAGCCGCCAACAACAACAGCGUCAUCCUCUGACUGCGUGCUCAUGCUGAUCUUCAACGGCAGACAACCGUCUAUUCGCCCAUGCUCUGGUGGAACGCCAACCCACUCUACAAGAAACAAUUUCUUUACCGCUCUAUCGCUUCUUCCUGCUAAUCCCACAUUUGGGCUCGGUACUCAAAGUUGUUCAAGUGUCCGCCUUGCUGUAUUUGCGUUAGUUCAAGUAGCUCUAUAGUUGUACCUCAGUACCAGUAAUACCAUUCUUCAGCCACUCAAGACAAGCCAAGUCUAGCCAUCCGUCGGGUCUCAACUCUAUGCAAUUUACAUUCCAUUCCGGUCUGGUAUUCGGACCGGAGGUUGGUGACAAAUCCUGCACUGUCUUGUUACUGGACACCAGCGGUGAUGAUGUCAUACCUGACAUCAUACUGACAUCACACCAUCCAAAGCAACAAGUACAGAUUUAAGUUCAUCACUAAUGACUAUAGAGAUCUCAGCCAUUCUCAAGAGUUGUUCAUCACCAAUGGCGGCGAGGAUUUCAGCCAUUUCUUCUCCAAAGUUAAGGCUCAGCAUCAUGUCAAAUUUCGUCAAGCUGAGCCAGGCUUAUUCCGGUACCGACGCGUUCGAACGUGUCGGUCGGCCCUGUCGUUUCUGCUCGUUUCUGCUCGCUAUCGCCCGGGGCAGUGCAGCGCAGCUGAGAUUGUGAAUGCAGUAUGUGCAUCCAAUGCUGCAGCUAUGACUGCCGCCUCCGUGCAGCCCAUCCCGCCAUCACCGUAUGGCAUGCGAUGGGCCUCAGCUUUGCAGUACGAGUCACACCGUCGCCACAGCAACAGCGCUGAAGCGAGACGUCACCGCUCGCUCCGUCUCCGCCAUCCGCUCCACCAACGGACGGACACACAAGUCGCCGAUACGGCUUACUCCGUUCCAGCGAGUAAGCCUGUCACUUCUCCGAUAGCUGUAUAUCGGAUUGUUAGAGGGUGUAGCCCAAGGGCUCAUCCCCAAUAGACUAGGGUAGGGCUCUUGGGCUGCUUCGGCAUAACAUUAAGGUAUAUGACAAUCUAGGGGUUCUUUGAAGGCAGGAUGUGUGUCCGUUGACGGUUGCCUGAUGUUUGGUUGGUCGAGGCUGUGUUGCAGACGUUCCAUACGCUUCUAGUGCUUUGAGCUGCCGUGCUCCGAGGCCGCGUGCCGUUGCCGUGUGACUCAUUGGCGUGUUCUCCCCCGGCUGUUGAUCUCCUCCGUCGGCUGUGAGUGCUAUGUCGCCGUUGCACCUGCUGCGUGUGUUGGUCUGGGUGUCACCUCUUCCAGGCUAGCUCAGUGUAUGCACGUGCCAUCACAGACUCGUUGCCGGAUGGCUUGUUGACUGGCUAUCUAUUGUGGCUUUCUGUGUAUUAUAUGUACUUGUAUUGUGUAGACUAGUCAUGUUUUGUUUUGCUUUCUUAGAAUACACACACACACGUACACACACACACGUACACACACACAUGUACACACAUGCACGCGUACACACACACAAACACACGUACACACGCAUACACACACAAUCACGUACACACACACACACACACACACACACACACUACACGACAACUCUACACUCCCCCCCCCCCCCUCCCUCCCCGCCCUUCCCCCAGUGCUGAGCAACCGUAUACCCUCAUCGUUUCGUGGCCUUCCCCGGGGUCCCAUCACUGCCAUGGUUCCUGAGGUACCUGACGUGCACCAACUGCCAUCGUCAUCACGGGCAACGUGACCAAGAUGACAUCAUCAUCAUGGUCAACCGGACCGAGAUGACAUCAUCGUGCACCGAAUGCCGCCCAGGACGAAAGCCGUGAGCAGGUCAAGCCAAGGUCGUGUCCGCAGAGUCCGUAGCGCACCGUAACGUGAGUUAGCACUCUGCCGCCGUCGAAGCCUGUGCCCGCACAUCAGGGCAUAGUGUGCCCGCACAUCAGGGCACACUGCACCCGCGCAUCUGGGUGCGUCCACUUUUUCAUGCAUUUGUUUGCGCUUGUUGUUUGCGCUUUUUCUUUACGUAACUGCAUGAUUGCUCCUGCAUGCUGUGUGCAUGUAUUCCAAGAUGAUUGCGAUUUUGUUUUUGGACCAUAGUGUCAGCUAUUCUUUCAUGUUGUCAGCACGUCUAAUUAUCGUGUUAUUGUGCAAUUCUUUGGUUAUGUUUGCCUAUCUCGAUCACUUGGUUUUAAAAGCCUACAAGUACUGCGAAAGCACAUUAUUUUUGGUGCUGCGAAAACAUAUGUCUGCUGCUAAAGUAUGACUGUUAUCUACUGCAAUCUGCUGUGAAAGCUUGUGUUUGCUAUGAAAGCAUAUAAUGUCUGCUGCAGCAAAAGCGUCAAUUGCCUGCGAAAUCUUGUACCUGCUGCGAAAGCAUGGAUUUGGUAAACCUGUUUGUAUCCUUCAGUGCUUCCUCGCUAUAACAAUUUCUAUGUAGUCUGAUAUCCGAGAUAAGCAUUUUGCUCACAGAUCUGUAGACAAAAAUGAUGUUUUUUUAGAAAGCUCUUCGAUUAGGCAUGUACCACGGUUCCUCCACGGUUCCUCCAGAGAUACACCAUUAUCAGUUUCAGUGCCCAUAUCGGCACAAUAUUACCCUCAAAUUUCCUUUUGGCAUUGACCACUAUGUUCUGCCUUUUUGACAUGAUAGCAAUGUGAGAGGCUAUUCUGUACAUGAAAGAAUUGUUAUCCAACUGAUUUAUAUUCUUUCCGA